AUGGAGAAGGAGGCUGCAACAUCCGCGUGAUCAUCGCAGGUGCACCAAUGGCCUUCCACGGGGCGAACUGAACAACCGGUAUCCCCUGCCGCGCGUGAGGAAAUGGGCGGAUCCGGGGAAAGCUCGGUCACGCUGCGUGGGUGGGUGAGUGUAUAGUAAAGGAGCUGCCGCGGCGGUAUUUAACAGAGAGCCGAGGAGAGCUCAGACAGGACGAAGCCCGACUGAAAGCGGAGCGAUUUCAGCACCAGCGCGACUGGACAGCGACACGUAGCCCCCCCAUCCUUAGCAAAAGAAAAACUUUCGAGCAGUCAUCAUGGUUCUGAUCUGGACUCAGUUCGGUAUGAAGCACAAAAAUGUCAAUGUCAAGUGCAAAGUGCGAGUUAUGCACAGGGGUGACAGCUCAGGCUCAUCAUCAUCAGCGGAAAGCAGCAGGUCUGAGCAGGACGCACCCUGCCUGUCCAUCAAGCCCUCAGGCAAGGACUUCUACAAGGUCCUGGGUGUCUCCCCUGAAUCCAAUGAGGACGAGAUCAAGAAGGCCUACAGGAAGCUGGCUCUCAAGUUCCACCCAGAUAAGAACAGCGAUGCGGACGCAGAGGACAAGUUCAAAGAGAUCGCAGAGGCCUACGAGAUCCUGACUGACCCCAAAAAGAGAAGCAUAUAUGACCAGUUUGGGGAAGAAGGCCUUAAAAAUGGAAUGUCACUGGCAGGCCAAGGCAAAGUUUUCCGCCAUAAUUUCCAGGGUGACCCCCACGCCACCUUCUCUUCCUUCUUCCAUGGCUCCGACCACUUCGACAUCUUCUUUGGCUCCGGCUUUGACAGCGAAGAUGACCUCUUCAACCCCUUCAGACGCUUCCCCUUCAACCACAUGGGUGGGUUUUCUGGCCAAGACGGCGGGCUGCGAAGAGGCCAGCGGCGGCUGCAGGGCGAUGAGGUGGUGCACGACCUGCUGGUGACCCUGGAGGAGGUAAUGCACGGCUGCACGAAGCACGUGAAGAUCACCCGCUGCCGCCUCAGCCCCGACAGCGGCAGCCUGAGAACUGAGGAAAAGGUGCUGAAUGUGGUGGUGAAGAAAGGCUGGAAGGCGGGCACCAAGAUCACCUUCCCCAGGGAGGGAGAUGAGACACCCAACAGCACCCCUGCAGAUAUCACCUUCAUUCUCAGGGACAAGGAGCACUCCCAGUACAAAAGAGACGGCUCCAACAUCGUCUACACAGCCAAGAUCACACUCAAAGAGGCUCUCUGCGGCUGCACAGUUAACGUCCCAACACUUGACAACCGGAUGAUGCCUCUACCAUGCAGCGAUGUUAUCAAGCCAGGUGCUAUCCGACGGCUGAGGGGCGAAGGUCUGCCCCUGCCCAAGAGCCCAUCCCAGCGAGGCGACUUGGUGGUGGAGUUCCAGGUGCUCUUCCCCGACAGGAUCCCACCACAGUCCCGUGAGAUCAUCAAGCACAGCCUGGGCCAGUGCUAGCCUGCUUCUGUGCGACGGCCUGAUUGACGCAGCAUCACCGUGCGUGUAUGUUGUUGUCCAUUCACAAACACAGCCUUGCGCAAGGUGCUAGUAUCACAACCAAUCACAACCUCUUAUUGUGUUUGGAAAUGGCAAGUGAUUUGUAGUUCAGUGAGGCGAUGACUUUCUGCAGGCAUGAUGCACAUCACCUAUGAUGCCACAUGAGCAGUGAGUUCAGAACUGAUGAAUGGGGUCUUUAGUAUCUGAGGGCAUCCAUUGACUCUGUAGCCUUUCUCUUGAAUGAAAAGCUAUUCUGUACUGUUAUACUUGCAAACCCAUAGCAGGAUAUCAGUGUGCUAUUCAAGUCUGUAUAGACUUCCUUAAACCUGAAUGGUAGAAAAAUGCUAAAAAAAAAAAAAAAAAAGAAAAAAAAAGAAAAACAACUUUAUUAUAGUUAUAUGGUGUUCAUAUGACUGAUCUUUUGCAUUGAUUUAUUACAAUAGCAAGAUAUACUUGUGUACAAAGAUCUACUUUGUGUACAAAAUGCAAAAACAUUGUCUCUAAGAGAGAUUCAUCUGUCAAAUGUUCUAUUGAAUUAUUUGAAAUGUUUCUAUAUAUUCUGCAGCGUUGAUGUAUUAUUUCCUGAUAGAGACUUGUCUGGAAGCAUGAAAAAUAAAGAAAAACACUCAAUUUCA